CUUCACAUGACAUGAAGAGUAGAGACCAGGAUUACAACUGAAUAGAAUAAGCAAGAAAAGGGGGAGGGGUUGUGCAGGAAUCCGUGCACAACCUGGCUGAGAUAGCUCUCCCAACUUCCAGAAAGCACUUUGCUGUUCGUACUGCCUUUUGCCAUCUGCACGGAUGAGCCCGCCUGCCUGGCAGUUUAACUCCUGCAUCUGGAGAGCUGGGAGAUAUUUAAUGGAAGAACGCUGGAGCCAGCUGCAUCACACUGGACCCCUCAGAGCCAAGAGGAUGGGCAGAGAGUUUGCCAACGAGACUUUAUAGGGGCAAAAAUAAAAAGGAAAAGAGGGUCAAAAGAGAUGAGACACAGAACGGAAUGUAUUUGUUGCUUGCGUAAAAGUCAGUCCACUUUUCUCUUCUUUCUUUUUGAAUAGAGGUUUGUGGAGGGUUAUAGAUUAGACAGCUGAUUGAAGGUGAAAAGGCUGGUCUGGUCCCUGUAAGGGAGCUGCAUUCCGACACACAGAGACUCACGUACACACACACACUCUCCUGCUCUCACUCGCUCUCUAGUCUGACUGUCACACACAGCGUCUCGGCUGCCUACCUGCUCUCACCUACCCCAGGCGGAUAUCGCAACUUUAAUUCUCCCCUAGAAGCCGUCAAACAGGAAAUUUACGAAGGGCUUGCUGGUACUUUCUCCUUCCUCCCCACCAUCAAACAUUCACUCUCCCCAGCAGCAGCAGCUCUCCGGCAAACAGCAAAGGGGAUAAUGUGACCUUCUGCCAAGUGCUGGACAGCAUGCCACCCUCACAGCGGGCACCGCUGACACAGAAAUAGACUCAAACAAGUGCUGAGAACGAACCUGAGGCAGGUGAGCACCACCAGGGGAUGAGCCUUCAGGAGUCUGGGCUGGAUGUGGAUUGCCAACACAGGCAGUAGGCGGCUGAGAUGGGCAUGCCUCUAGGCUGGUUGAGCGCCUCCCUCUGGCUGCUGCUCUGGGGUGCCCGCAGCAGCCUCGGGCGCCCGUUCGGACCUCCCACAGUAAACGUGGCGGUGGUGUUCAGCGGCUCCACCUACCAGACAGAGAUUAAGGGGCGCCUGAGCCGCGAGAACUUUGCGGACCUGCCUAUCGAGGUGAACCCCAUUACCGUGCUGGUCAAUGACACCAACCCCCGCGCCCUGCUCACUCGCAUUUGUGACACGCUGGACACUAACCGCGUCCACGGCGUGGUCUUCGAGGACAACGUCGGCUCAGAGGCAGUGGCCCAGAUCCUGGACUUCAUCUCUACCCAGACCUCAAUGCCUAUUAUCGGGGUCAGUGGGGGGUCUGCUGUGGUCAUUCCACACAAGGGGGAUGGCUCCACCUUCCUGCAGCUGGGGUCUUCCAUCGAACAGCAGAUCAAUGCCAUGUUCAAGGUGAUGGAGGAGUACGACUGGGGCAACUUCGCCGUCAUCACCAGCCUGUACCCGGGCUAUGAGCACUUCGUUGAUUACAUCAGAUCCUUCACGGACACCAGCUACUUUCUGUGGGAGCUCCAGGAAGUGGUCACCUUCGAAAUGUCCGAGGGAGCCAACGACAUCCGGUCGCGGCGGCUGCUGCAGCAGGUGGACGCCCAGGUGCUGAUGGUCUACUGCUCUCACGAGGAGGCCCAGUACCUCUUCUCCAUGGCCUCAGAGGUGGGCCUCAUCAGCCCUGGCUACAUCUGGCUCGUCCCCAGUCUGGUGGUGGGCAACCUGGACAUUCCUCCUCCAGAGAACUUCCCUGUGGGGCUAAUCAGCAUCACCACUGACCGCUGGAAGAUGAGUCUGCGCCAGCGAGUGAGAGAUGGGGUGGCCAUAGUGGUGAAGGGGGUGCAGAGCUUUCGUAGACACCAUGGCUACAUUCCUGAGGGCCACACAGACUGCCACAACCCAAUUGGCCCAACCACCAACAACACACUGUUUAGGCACAUGCUGAACGUAACCUGGGAGCACAAGGAUUUCUCAUUCAACAGCAAUGGAUACCUGGUGAACCCAGCUCUGGUGAUUAUCACUUUGGACAGAGAGCACCAAUGGGAUAGGGUCGGGAACUACGAGAUGGGGAUUCUCCAGGCGAGGUACCCGGUGUGGCCGCGGUACGGCUCUUUGAUGGAACCCGUGUCUGACAACAGGCACCUAACAGUAGCCACUCUGGAGGAGCGCCCUUUUGUCAUUGUGGAGAGUGUGGACCCCCUCACAGGCACCUGCGUCCGCAACACUGUGCCGUGCCGGAAACAGUCCAACAAGACAGAUCUGUUCGUUGGGCACACAGAACCCUACACCAAACUGUGCUGCAAAGGGUUCUGCAUCGACAUCCUGAAGAAGCUGUCCCGAACCAUCAAAUUCUCCUACGACCUCUACCUGGUCACCAAUGGGAAACAUGGCAAGAAGGUCCGUGGCAUUUGGAAUGGCAUGAUUGGAGAGGUUUUCUACAAGCGGGCAGACAUGGCAAUUGGUUCCCUUACCAUUAAUGAGGAAAGAUCAGAGAUCAUUGACUUCUCUGUGCCCUUUGUUGAGACUGGAAUCAGUGUGAUGGUGGCCAGGAGCAAUGGCACAGUGUCACCCUCUGCCUUUUUAGAGCCAUAUAGUCCAGCAGUCUGGGUAAUGAUGUUUGUCAUGUGCCUCACUGUGGUCGCCAUAACAGUCUUCGUCUUUGAGUACUUCAGUCCAGUUGGUUACAACCGCAGUCUCGUCAGUGCGAAAGAGCCCGGUGGUCCCACUUUCACUAUCGGGAAGUCGGUGUGGUUGCUGUGGGGCAUUGUCUUCAACAACUCUGUCCCCAUUGAGAACCCCAAGGGCACAACCAGCAAGAUCAUGGUACUAGUGUGGGCGUUCUUCGCUGUCAUCUUCCUGGCCAGCUACACUGCCAACCUGGCUGCCUUCAUGAUCCAGGAGCAGUACAUCGACACUGUCUCUGGGCUAAGUGACAAGAAGUUCCAGAAGCCUCAGGAGCAGUAUCCCCCCUUCCGCUUUGGCACGGUCCCGAACGGCAGCACGGAGAGAAACAUACGGAGCAACUAUCCUGACAUGCACACCCACAUGAUCAAAUACAACCAGCGCGGAGUGGAGGACGCACUCAACAGCCUCAAAACAGGGAAGCUGGAUGCCUUUAUUUAUGAUGCCGCUGUCCUGAACUACAUGGCGGGGAAGGACGAGGGCUGCAAGCUGGUGACGAUUGGGAGUGGGAAAGUUUUUGCUACCACCGGCUAUGGCAUCGCUCUGCAGAAGGACUCCAGGUGGAAGCGACCAAUCGACCUGGCUCUUCUCCAGUUCCUGGGGGAUGGUGACACCCAAAGGCUGGAGACGGUGUGGCUGUCUGGAAUCUGCCAAAAUGAGAAGAAUGAGGUGAUGAGCAGUAAGCUGGACAUCGACAACAUGGCAGGAGUCUUCUACAUGCUACUGGUAGCCAUGGGUCUCAGCUUGCUGGUGUUUGCCUGGGAGCAUUUGCUGUACUGGAAACUGAGACACACCGUGCGCAAGUCAGACCGCCUUGACUUCCUGUUAGCCAUCAGCAGGGGCAUAUACAGCUGCUUCAGUGGUGUGGAGGAGUCUGACAGGUCCAUUAAUAUUCAGAGCCCAGAUGUAACCACCAACUAUGCCCAAGCCAAUAUGCUGAAAAUGCUUCAAACAGCCAAAGACAUUGUCUCCUCUGCCAAGGUGGAAAACUCUCUAGAGAAUGCCACCAAGACCAUUGAGAAUUGGACCAGACGCAGUGAACACAUCAAGGGGGGCAUCCCCACCCGGGUUCCCCAAGUAGCCACGUCUGAUACAUCUGUGGGCAUUGGCCGCCACCCUUACAUCUCAAGCAUUACAGACAACCACUCCCCUUUCUCCCAGCGGGCUCUCACCCCCACGCUCACGGUACACUAUGCAGAGAAUGCCAGCCAGCCACUGCUAGAGAAGCAGAGAGGCAUGGCACGACCCACUCCCGUCAGGUACACCCUGCCGGCUCGAGGCAGCCACCUCUAUGACAAGAUGCUGCCCAUCUCCAGCCUCAGCAGCCCCCAUAUAGCCAUGAGAGAUCCUCCCUCUGCUACCAACCCUCACCACAGCAACAGGCUGUAUGUGGAGAACCAGCUCCGGCAUCCCAGCUCUCCUUUUGUCCCUUAUAGGGAGCUACAGGUGCCAGAUAUUUACGUGGAACACAAGGACCCUGUUUGUCGAAAGCUGUGUCCAGAUGGAUUGGCGCGGAAGAAGUCCCACAGUUACCUGGUGGAGUCUCCGGAGCCCAGGCACAGGCAUGAAUUUGAAGCUCCACCGACAUGUUUUGCUGAACUCAGGGCUAACCACCUCAUGGAGAACCAUGUCCCAGCUGUUUCCUGCAUGAACAACCACUACCCCAGAGUCAAACCCACCUGUAACUCCUGCAUCAAACCAUACGUGGAGCCAGAGCCGGAGGACCUCCCCCUCUUGGGAAAGGAGAAGCUCAACCGCCGGGCUUCUUUCAUCAAGGCCACCUGGGGUAGCGAAAAGAUCAGGCCUUUGGAUGAGAAGCCCUCCACCUCCUCUUCUACCAGAAUAGACAUGCCAGACUUGUUUCCCCGUGUAGUGGCACACCCCAAAUCUAAGCUGUAUAGCACUACAGGGAACAGUUUAUGUUACCCUGUGGCAGUAGAGCGUGCUUACCAGUACCCUGGACCCAUCAACCCAUACAAAGCACAGAAGCUGAAGUACUCACAGUCCACCCGGCUGCCCUCUUACAGGGAGGCUGUCCUGCAGAACGCUGCUGCCCUGCGGAGAUCCUCCACAGUGGUCCACAGACACUACUCCACCUACCUGAAUUCAUACACUGAUUUACCAGUGUACAUGGGGCCUCUAGCACAGGGCCCUGCUCAAUUUUAUGAGCACUCCAAGGAGAUGUGCGACAUAUUCCCUUGUGUUGGCCAUUGCCCAGAAGAGAAUGCCCUGGUUCCUAGGUGCAGUGACCGGCAGAUAGUCUACCAGGACAAUAUUUACGGAGGAUAUGGAGGCAGCAGCCGGGUGCGAGAGGAAGUCCACGUGCCUGGAGUGAGCAGGAGAGACAGAAGGCAGGUACUCGUGGCUCGAAGAGUGAACAGUCCAUAUGUGCCAAAGCCCUGGACAAGGAUAUCCAGCCUGGAAUCAGAGGUCUGAACCCACAUUCCACUGCCAGACUACAUACUUUCCUAAAUGGGUUGCUAAGGGAUAACUGCCCUCCUUAAAAUUGACAGCAACCACACAUCCCUGAUGUGGCAAUGGCAGUGUGGCUGGCAAUAUGGGUUACAAUGAUGCAACAAGACAUUCACAAAAGUAAACGUUUUGUUGGACACUUGCUGUAGUGUUUGGCAGAGUGCUGCAACUGGGACAAUGACACUUAAUUCAAUUUAACAGUGUUGAAUAGUUCUAAAUAUCUUUCAAUUCAAUGCAUUGUUAUUAUUUAUAACACGCAUCUUGCUGUUUGGCACCCAGUUACAUCAGCUGGAUUUACAAGCACUGAUGAGCAGUGUGUCUUCACAUAGGGCUUCUGAACAAAGCGUGUCCUGAGGAGUUACAUUCUCUUUGCUUCUUUUAUGCUUCAGUUUUCUUUUUGUAAAAAAAAAGUCAUUUUAGAAUUUACCAACCAAAAUGGAUAUGAAAACUGAAUUUUGUAAUCAUAAUAAAGAAAUGUCUUCCAAGAAUUUUGUAAUUGCAGGGCUUGGGCAGAGGGGAAUGUGAGCUGGAAGUUGAUUUGAAGGAAGAUCAUGGCAAAUUACUUUUAUUUAAGGGGCAAAUGGAAAAUGAUUCUUAUUCAGUGUCUGAACUCCUGAGGUUCUUCCACAGUUUAAUAAAUUGUUAAGCCUUCUUCAAGGGCCUUUUCGAAUUCUUGCUGCUCAUAU